AUGUUUUUCACCUGUAUCCUACUCGUCGUGCCGAUGGCCCUAGUGCCACUGAUCGCAGCUACAUCUGGAUGUCGCUGUGGUGAUGCUGCGUUUUUGGCUAUCCCUCGUGUCAAUCUCUCUCAGGCAGCGCCGCUAUGGCCAUGCGCGGCCCAUAAACUGAUUGAUGCCAGAGGCUCGGGGGAGCCUCAGGGUGUGUCUUUAAUGUUCCAGGAUGUCCUCGAGCGUCUGUUAGCCAACAAUACAGGUGCAGUCAGCCAGAGUGUCGUCUACCCGGCCGGAUUUGACCAGAACGUUACUUCCGGGGUCCAGAACACCAAAGAUAUCAUUACCUAUGGUCUUCGGGACUGCCCGCGCCAGAAAUACCACCUCUUGGGGUACUCCCAGGGUGCAACUGUGGUUCAAGAAGCGCUUGGAAAACUAGACAACGAGUCGAUGGCCGCGGUUGGUAGUAUUGUCUUGGUCGGCAACCCGUAUCGUAUUCCCGGACGGCUCUCUAAUCUCGAUGCUUACGGGAAUCCUGAUAAUCGUACUGCAUACGGUCUUUUCGCUACACAGGCCCUUAAGUCGAACGUUACUAUCCCAACGUACAACGAGAGCGUUGACCGUAGCGCCAAGGUUGCCGACGUUUGCCUUCAGGUAGUGGUGGCCGUUCCCGACUUAGGUGACUGUACUCUUGUGACUGAUCAUCUCUAG